AUGAUGCUAGAUCUUGAGAAGCAGUUUCGUUUUGUAAAUAUUGUGAUUCACAUCCUUUGUGUCCCGAUUAUCAUGCUAUGUAUGCUACUUCUGGGAACUCUCACGAAACCUUUGAUUUCCAUUCCCAACGUCGCCACUAUUGAGAAUCUCCCUCCUAAUCUUGCUACCAUUGCUGGCAUUGUAUAUGCCACUUUAUAUAUCCUGAUGGAGCCGGUGGCUGGUGCCCUUCUCGCGCCAUUACUGCUAGCAGGCACUGCUUUUGUGAACCACCUGAGCAGCACCUACGGAAAUACAGCAGUGUAUUGGUCACUGGGAAUCCAGGCUGUAGCAUGGAUUGCUCAAUUCGUUGGGCACGGAAUCUUUGAGGGCCGCGCUCCGGCAUUACUCGAUAAUCUUGUUCAGGCGUUCUUCCUUGCCCCGUUUUUCGUCUGGCUCGAGGUUCUUUUCUUCCUUGGGUAUCGCCCACAGUUGAAGGCCCGUAUUGAUAAAGCAGUCCAGUCGGAUGUGGCUAAAUUCAACGCAGCCAAAGGAAGCAUCAACAAGGAAGCGCAAACAUAG